AAGAGGAGAAGGAGAGACGAACUCGGAAGGUGAAGGCGCUAUGGAUAUUGUGACAACAUGUGGGGGGGAUGUACGGGGCAGGGCAAUAGUUGUGCACGAGCUGCGCCAUCGUCGGGGAGAGGAGAAGGGAUUGGAUUACCGGUUCAGUCUCCGGGUUAAGGAAUCAACGGUGCGUCAUUAUCGUGUGACGGCGGAUGGCGAACUAGCUUUAGAGUUAUGCGUGGGAUUGGGGUAUGAUGGGGAAUUCUUAUGUGAUGUUACUGUAUUCGUGAAGAAGAUGCACAAGGAUGUGCCUGAUUCUGUUCCAGGUAAUGGUGUUGAUGUGGUUGCGGAGAUGGUGGAACUAGUGACCAGCGAUUUGUUGCAGGAGCAUGGCGAGCGUCAAGUGGAUUUCAUGGUGUGGGAGGCUAUAAUGGAGCCUUCGUUGCAAGAGCGCAAGGGUAUGCGUGGUGUACUACGCAUCGGAGACGUUUAUCAGUGGUGAUUCUCUAGGGCGCGGCAGCGUUUUGCUGGGUAGUCAUUUCAGGUGGUCCCAAAGCUUUAGGGGGAUUGACGGUAUGGUUCCACGUAGUUGUGCGAAGGGGGAUUGUCAGUUGUUAUGGCCGAUUGAUGCCGUCUAAGCAGGAUGUUCGUAUAUGAGAACAUUAGUUAUUGGUGAUAAAGUCCGGGCGAAGGACAGUAGUGGACCAUCUAUUUUUUAGGGGGGUAGUGUAGUAAAUGCAGUUGUGUAUC